AUGGUUGAGAUCGUCGAAGAGCCCGAUGAUCAUCAAUCCACGUCGUCUGGAGCUGGGACUUCAAGCUCAUCGGCACGCCAACCAGCGUACUCAUCGAUUUCGCAAUACGUCUCUGCGAACACCAUGGAGUGUGUUCUGUUCGCUUCCCGGGUGCUGACCGUUUUCUUCGCCAUAAACUACAUGAUCCCGUUUUUGGGCCUGGUACCUCCACAUUCGGCGUAUUACAAAAUUUUCGCGGCUUCCGCCGCAACCUUUGCUCUCCGCCUCCACACGAGAAUCCAGGGACAAUUCGCGAUGAAUGCUCAAUUCGUCCAAAGAUUGGUCAUCGAGGACGCUUUUCACUAUCUGGUGUACUCUGUCGUGUUCCUAAUGUCUGCACCGAUUAGUAUGGCCGCUCUUCCAGUCACUAUCUACGCCGCACUUCAUGCCUGCACUUUUGUGACAAAAAUCCUGCGUGAAACUGGUCACAACCUGUCUCUGGUCCCCAAAUUGGAGCAAUUCACCGCCCACCAGACGCAAAACGCCCUGGGAAUCAUCGCGUGCUCGGAGAUCUUCCUGAUUCCCCUCCUCGUCUCAUUGAUCUUCUCCGGCCAGGGCUCUCUGUUUCUCCCAUUCGCCUAUUAUCGUUUCUUAUCACUCAGAUAUGCCUCUAGACGCAAUCCAUCGACCCGUCAAGCGUUUUCCCAGAUGAGAGGAUCCCUUCAGAAUGUCGCCGGCUCGCCGAGCUGUCCCGGUGUUAUCAGUGCUUUUAUCUAUCGAGCUAUUGACUUUAUCUCGGCCAGAGCCCCUCCUGUUAUGUGA